AUGAUUGCCAAGCUUGAAUUUUUUUUAAAUAUAAUUAUUAUUUAUGGGGUAUUAUUAAUUGGAGUAAAAUCAGCUGAUGAAACUGAAUCAAAUGAUCAAGAUUCUUCAGAAUAUAUCAGACAAGUAAAUCCAGAAUAUGCUGAUAAAAUACAAAUAAAAGUUUACACUGGAAAAUCUAAUAACACUGCAAAUGUCACUGAUAUUCCAAUCACUGAUCCAGCAAAAAUAUAUGAACAUAUUGAUAAGACAAAACCUCUAGUUUAUUAUGCACAUGGAUACAUAGAACAUCCGUCAAAUGAAAGUGUUCAAACAAUCAUUGAAGCAUAUUUAAAACGAGGAACUGACAACAUAUUCAUAAUAGAUUGGAGUCAAUUAGCAGCUGGUGGCGUAGAUGAAGUGGUUGGUAGAAUAAAAGAUGUUGCAAAAAUAAUAGCAAGAUCACUUGAUGAAGUAGUUAAGCUUGGUUUGGAUAUUGAAAAAUUUCAUUUCGUUGGACACUCAAUGGGUGCACAAGUUGCUGGUUUUGUUGGAAGAUAUAGUAAUAAUUCAAUCCCAAGAAUAUCUGGACUUGAUCCAGCUUUCCCAGGAUUUUAUUACAUAGGAAUUGGUCAUAUUGAUAAAGAUAGUGCUAGAUUUGUUGAUAAUAUUCAUACAGAUCGUGGUUAUUAUGGUGCACCAACAGAUACUGGAACUGUUGAUUUUUAUGCAAAUGGUGGUCAUCGUCCUCAACCAGGAUGCGAAUUUAUUGGUCGUUUUUUAACACCUCCUGAUUUAUGCAGUCAUUGGAGAUCAUGGAGGUUUUAUGCAGAAACAGUUAAUAAUAAUACAGCGUUUUUAGCAACUCCAUGCUCAAAUUAUGCUUGGUAUAAAUUAGGCUGGUGUAAUUCUAAUGACAAAGUUUAUUAUGGAUAUGCUUCACCAACAAAUAUUGAAGGAUCAUACUACUUUGAAACUGGCGAUAAAUUUCCUUAUUCGAAUAUUAAUUAGUCAAGUUUUUAUUUAUGUAUAAGUGGAUAAAAAAUUAUACUAAUCAAAACUAUGUAAAAAACAAAAAAACAUGAAUAAAAAAAUACUAUUUCAAAAAUUAAAAU